GAAGCGUUUUCAUUCCAGUGAUUCUAACCGACAGUCGCAGUUGUAAUUUGAAAGUAGAAGGACUGUAAUGUAAUUUUCACUGUUUCGGUGCAGUCACAUACACAAUAUUAAAUUAUUUAAAAAAAAACUUCAUCUUAACGAAAGUUAUAUAUUGAUGUAGUAUAGCUUGGAAAUGUGUUAAUAUAACCCGUAUGUAAGUGUAAAUAAGAAAUUUCCAAAGAUGGCAUCCAAGUUUAUGGCAUUUGAGGGUGUCGCCAGCACAUCUUCAGCCUCAAUGGAAAAUCACGGGAAUGCAGAAGAUGAGCGAAUUGAAAUGAAUAGCAGCCAAUAUCCCAACUAUCAAUCAGGACAAAGUCCAGGAAUACAAGCUGAACCCAGUCCAUAUGGUGCCGUUGAUGAAGAGGACGAUUUAAAUGACAAUUUUGAAGAAAAAUUCGAAAAGAACAUGGGCUACCGCAAAUUCAUUUUCAAUAAUUGUGAACAGUUUAAAUGCAUUUUUGGUGGCUUGUUGCUUCUGGCUGGCAGUGGCAUCCACGUUGUAUGGGGAAUAUUUCGAGUUUUCUAUUUAUAUAAUUGCGAAGAAAAGAAUAGCUUUCAUUUUCACUUCGUCAUUUGGUCAUGGUAUAUUGGUGCGAUAAUAGGAAGUGGUUUGGCUGGCUAUGCUAUAGCUAAAAUUCGCAAAGGUCAUCUUUAUAUCAUUGGAGGUGCAUUGCUUUCUCUCAGCGGCAUAUUUUUGAUGUUUUCCACCAAUAAUACUGAUAUUUACCUGCUCGUAUCGCGAACCUUAGGAGGGCUUACUCAGGGACUGACAUAUGUUGUCGUUAUCGUUCACGCAAGUGAAAAUGCGACGAAGGAAUUUCGUGAAAUUCUUAUGUUGAUCGUUGGAGCAGUGCUGAAUUACUCAAUUCUGUUAUCAGUAUUGGCAUUCUUCCACACGGAAGGUCUAUUCAAAUCGAGUGUGCUCAAUGGAAUCGGGUUGCUCAUCUUUGGUUUAACCACCAUCAUUAUUUCAACAAAACAUGCCACUGAAACGGUUCCGUUCAUUCUACAGAAUGAUGGAGGCGAUUUGGAUGCUCUGCAGACUGUGAGUAAACUGAAAAAGAAACCAAUUGCCGCACGCAGUGUUCAUCAUGAUUUUUUAACAAUGAAAAAUUUGGUGCAUGAUGAAAUGGAAUCGUAUGGAGCGCCCAACUUUAAGAAGGUUCUAUUGCCAGAAAAUCGUAAGAGCUUAAUAUUUUGUUUGUAUGGUCGACUGUGUAGUGUUUUGUCAUUCAAUCUGCCGCUAAUUGUGAUGAUUAUGCUGUUUUUGCGACAAUGGGCAGAUGGUCAUUUCGAGACACCCAAACACCAUGCAAAACAACAUUGUCUUUCCUUCAUCAAUGGAGACAUCGAACGCGGCAGAACCGAGAAUCAUACUGGUGAGAUCGAUUCGAAAGUUGUAGAACGAGCGAAAAGAGAUUCUGGUGUUGAAGUGAGUACAGAUAAACCCAAAUUCAUGCAAACUGACAAUCAACCGGUGCAAAGCGAAAAAAGUGAGGAAAACAAGAAAGGGAAAAGUAAACAGGUUUCGCAGAAAACGGAAGAUGAAGAAAAUCGAGCUAGGAAAGAUCAUGAAGAAGGAAAAGAAAAUAAAAAGGAAAAAGAAAUAGGAGGGCCAGGAGGGAAGCACAGAGAAAAUGAAUCCAAAGGCGAAAGAGAUGAUUCAAAAUCAAGCCUUGAUCAAGAGAAUGGAAAGGAACAAACACCAGAGGGCAAAUCGAAGAAACCUGAAGAAAAUCACAGCCCCGAGGAAAAGAAGGAGAAAGAGAAGGAGAAGGAGAAAGUGGAAGAGAAA